UCCGCACACAGCAAGGAGGGGAAGGCAGAAAGUAAUGCUCGCGCGGGAAAGCUGACGGAGCAAACCAGCGCGCAAGCGAACCCAAGGGGCGCUCUCCCACAAGAGGGAUCUCUUCUGUGGCAGAGGUGCGCAGCGGAUCCCCCGGGCAGGAAAGCACCCACUGAGGCUUAUGCGUGUGCUUUCCCCUCUCGUGCCCAUGCCUCGCAGCUUCUCCUCCAGCAGGAAACCUUUCCCGGGAAGGGACUGUGACUUUCUGCGCUCGGCAUGGGAUUCCCAGGCAGAGUAAUGAGACGCCACAGUAACCAGGGAGGGAGGAAUUUGCCGCUCAUCUGUUGCACUCCAGCCAAGCUCCAGGCGAGGUCUGCGUGGGUGGAAGUGAUGAAGACCACCUGAACUGGCCCAGGGUGGCUGAACGAUGAGGAGAAUACAAUAGAAAUGGGGAAAAGUGGAUGAGCUGGGCGAUUGCAAACAAAUACCCCCCCCCCCCCACACACACACACACCCUAAAUGGCUUUAAUUUACAAUUGGGAUUGAAAUGCGCCCUGACGAGCGGAAGGAAAAACGCUGGCUAGCAACGCGUGCCUGUAAACCAAGCAAACAAAAUCAGUGACAGUGUCCUGUCCUCUUCUACAGCAUGAGCUUGAUCCUCACGCACUGGCAUCAAAACUCCAUAGACUUCAAAUCUGCAGGGUCUUGGCCUUCUACCCCCAGCAUUGAGACUACAGAAUACCAAGUAAAGGCAAGCACCCUAUCACAGACAAAGCAUUAGAAUGGCAUAAAAUAUGGCCCAGUUCUAUUACAAAAGAAGUGUCAAUGCCCCUUACAGAGAUCGCAUCCCUCUUCGGAUAGUUCGAGCAGAGUCUGAGCUCUCCCCUGCUGAGAAAGCCUACUUGAUUGCUGUGGAGAAAGGAGAUUAUGCCAGUGUGAAGAAAGCUCUGGAGGAAGCCGAAAUUUAUUUCAAGAUCAAUAUUAAUUGCAUUGAUCCUCUUGGAAGAACAGCUCUGCUCAUUGCAAUUGAAAAUGAGAACCUAGAGCUCAUUGAGUUGCUCUUAAGCUUUAAUGUAUAUGUUGGAGAUGCUCUGCUGCAUGCAAUACGAAAGGAGGUCGUUGGAGCUGUGGAACUUUUAUUAAAUCACAAAAAGCCUAGUGGGGAGAAACAGUGCUGGAUGAUUCAGAGGAAAGCAGAAAACCAUGUGCCACCAAUCCUGCUGGAUAAGCAGUUCUCAGAAUUCACACCAGACAUCACACCCAUUAUUUUGGCUGCCCAUACGAACAAUUAUGAGAUAAUAAAGCUUCUUGUACAGAAGGGGGUUUCUGUACCUAGACCACAUGAAGUGCGCUGCAACUGUGUUGAAUGUGUCUCAAGCUCGGAUGUGGACAGUCUUCGCCAUUCUCGAUCCAGACUCAACAUUUACAAGGCUCUGGCAAGUCCGUCUUUGAUUGCAUUGUCCAGUGAGGAUCCUUUUCUUACAGCAUUUCAACUGAGUUGGGAGCUUCAGGAACUGAGUAAGGUGGAAAAUGAGUUUAAGUCAGAAUAUGAAGAGUUGUCACGUCAAUGCAAGCAAUUUGCAAAAGACCUCCUGGAUCAGACCCGGAGUUCCAGGGAAUUGGAAAUUAUUCUUAAUUACCGAGAUGACAAUAGCUUGAUAGAAGAACAGAAUGGUAAUGAUCUUGCACGAUUGAAGCUGGCAAUUAAGUACCGUCAAAAAGAGUUUGUUGCCCAGCCUAACUGUCAGCAGCUGCUUGCGUCCCGCUGGUAUGAUGAAUUCCCAGGCUGGAGGAGGCGACACUGGGCAGUGAAGAUGUUGACAUGUGCUGUGAUAGGGCUCCUUUUCCCUGUCUUCUCCGUGUGCUACUUGAUCGCUCCCAAAAGUCCAUUAGGGCUGUUCAUCAGAAAGCCAUUUAUCAAAUUUAUCUGCCAUACUGCAUCCUACCUGACUUUCCUGUUUCUGCUGCUUCUUGCCUCUCAGCACAUUGACAGAUCAGACUUGAACAUGCAGGGGCCACCGCCAACUGUCGUCGAGUGGAUGAUAUUACCGUGGGUCCUGGGUUUCAUAUGGGGUGAAAUUAAACAGAUGUGGGAUGGUGGACUACAAGAUUACAUUCAUGACUGGUGGAACCUAAUGGAUUUCGUAAUGAAUUCCUUAUACUUGGCAACAAUUUCUUUGAAAAUCGUUGCCUUUUCAAAGUAUAGUGGGGUGCUCCUACGAGAAAACUGGGAUAUGUGGCACCCCACAUUGGUGGCUGAGGCUUUGUUUGCUAUAGCGAACAUCUUUAGUUCUCUGCGCUUGAUCUCAUUAUUUACUGCAAAUUCUCACCUGGGACCUCUGCAAAUAUCUCUAGGAAGAAUGUUACUGGACAUUUUAAAAUUUCUAUUCAUAUACUGUCUUGUGCUGCUAGCUUUUGCAAAUGGAUUGAACCAGCUGUACUUCUAUUAUGAAACAAAUGAAACCAACAGCUGCAAAGGAAUACGAUGUGAAAAGCAGAAUAAUGCAUUUUCAACAUUAUUUGAAACUUUACAGUCAUUAUUCUGGUCUAUAUUUGGUCUUAUCAAUCUGUACGUGACCAAUGUAAAAGCACGACAUGAAUUUACGGAGUUUGUUGGGGCCACCAUGUUUGGAACCUAUAAUGUCAUCUCGUUGGUUGUUCUACUCAACAUGCUAAUAGCCAUGAUGAAUAACUCUUACCAGCUCAUUGCUGAUCAUGCUGACAUUGAAUGGAAGUUUGCUCGAACAAAACUUUGGAUGAGUUAUUUUGAAGAAGGAGGGACUCUGCCCACUCCCUUCAAUGUUUUACCAAGCCCCAAGUCUCUCUGGUAUCUGAUCAGAUGGACAUGGAGACAUCUGUGCAAGAAAAAGAUUAGAAGAAAACCCGAAAGCUUUGGAACCAUAGGGAGACGUGCAGCUGAUAAUUUAAGAAGACAUCAUCAAUACCAGGAAGUGAUGAGAAAUCUUGUUAAGCGAUACGUUGCUGCAAUGAUAAGAGAUGCCAAAACUGAAGCAGGACUCACGGAGGAGAAUUUUAAGGAGUUAAAGCAAGACAUUUCCAGCUUUCGUUUUGAAGUCCUGGGUUUACUGAAAGGAAACAAACUUUUUAAUUUGCAAUCUUCAAAAAUCAGCAAGGAAGCCGCUUCUUUGUCAGAGACUGAUGAAAAAUGUGAGAGUGCAGGAAAAGAGAAAGUAAAGAAAAAGAACUUCAGCCUUUUUGACAUUACUACACUGAUUCACCCAAGAUCAGCUUCCAUAGCCUCUGAAGCACAUAACAUAAGCAAUGGUGCUGCACUGGUGGUGUCCGAGCCCACAAAAGAGAAACAAAAGAGGGUGAAUUUUGUAACUGAUAUAAAAAGUUUUGGAUUAUUUCAUAGACGAUCGAAAACAAACUGUCUGGAACUGAGUACAAAUAAAAUAUACUCUGUGUCUGAAGAAAUUUCACAACAGGUAGAAGAACAAUGUGAGAAAACUACUGAACUGGAAGGGGAAGAACUGAUCAUGAGCUGUGAAUUAGGCCUCCAAGGUCUCAGUGAAAAGUGCAUGCUAACAAACAAGCAAACCAACAGUGAGACUCUGGAUUCACAGCAUGAGGAAAAAGAUUGUGCUUUGGAAGCUGGGCAAACAGAGGUGCAGGAUUCAGACCCCUCCACGCCUGAAGAUUUUCUGGACAAGGAGUUGGACAUUAACAGUGACUUGGAGGUGAACGAAAAGACAGUUGUUCAGGAGGAUUCUGUAACAACAAGGUUGUGAUGAGUAUGGGAAUGAAUAUAUACAAAUAUAUAUAUUUUGCACAGUGCUUUUUUGCGCAGGAUGUUUUAAAAGUUAUAUUAGAACGUAUAGAAUUACACUUUAUAGUAUUCAACAACAAUGGCACAUGAACUUGUAACAUAAUUAAGUGGGGAAAGAAAAUAGAGGAACCUUCUGUUUUGUAGCCUGCUUCAGCUUUCACAAUUUGUUUUACAUUUUUUAAUAAGUGGAAGCAUCUUGUAUUCUUGUACUGUUGCAAUAACCCACAGAAACUUUUUAGCUAUCUUUUUUCAAUUAAAACAAAUGCAGUUUCUCUCAUAUGAUAGUUGACUCCUAUGAUAAAUAUUUUUCUAUGCAAAUAAAAAAUAGCUGAAUCUUGUAAGCCUUUACUUAACUUUUUUAGUUCCUUCAAGAUAAUGGACAGCAUAACAAUCCAUAGGCUGUUUCUGUCAAAACAAUUAUUUAAAUGGGUAGAAAUUUGAAAUGCUUCAAAUGCUAUGGAAAUAAAUUAAAACAUAAAAUAUCAUUUAUUUAUUGAAAGUGUUAAUUACUGUACAUUAUGAAUAAUUUUCCUAUUUGAUUAUUUAAUUAUAUUUUUUCCUCUUCCACACAUUUAUGAGCCUACUGAUGGCAAUGUUAAAAUUUAAUUUGCAAAAAUUUUAGGUUGUAUAAAAUGUCUCCUUUCUUAUAGUAAACAAAAUGUUUAUGGCUGCAAUUCUAUGACUGUUUAUUCCAAAGGAAUCCACAAUCAUUACUAACUAUUAUUUCUCCAAACAUCUGCUUUUCCAAAUGUGGACAAACUAUGCACUUAGUAUAUGCUCAUUAGCUUCUGCUUUCAUAUUACAACUGUAUUUGCUAAGAGCAAGAAUACUUCAGAAAAAACUCCUCCUAAAUAUUAGAAAAAUAUGACAAUCUGCUAGGAAUAUUUGAAAACAGGGGUUUUCUGAAUCAUCACACAGUUUGGGAGAACCUAAUGGAUGAUUUUAUACAAAAUAUUUAGACAUUCAAAUGUAUGAGAGAAACCUGAUAGUAUUUUUCAUAAAUGACAAGUGAUUUAUUGUCUUAGUCAAAAUGAGUAUUUUUAAAAUUAAACAGUAUGUUUCUUUUUAAUCAGUGGCUGGUGUCCUAUAUUAUUAAGAUAGAAUAAAUAUAAACAAUCUAAAGAAAGGCCAUGGAAACUUUUGAAUAAAUCACAAUAAGGUAUCCUUUGCCUUCUUAAAUUCCUCUUGUUGUGAUAGGCUUUAUAGUUUGUUUUGUCCAGUGUGAGGGGAUCCUAGCAUGCAGAAUUAUCUUAGAUAUCAGAUCCCAGGAAGUACAUAACAUAACUAAAACAGAUGGAUUUAAUAAUGGCUGGUAUCUUCCCCCUGUUUUUGUGAGCUGAGCAGAUACCAGACCUUUCAGACACAUUUUCUACAGCUCCUAAGUUUCCCCUACAACAUAUGAGUGUCUUUACAUGUGGAAAACAAGUAACCAUAAACUCAUGUCAGUUUUGCAUGCAAAUGUUGGUUUGGAACAGUCUCUCCAUUAAAAACAUACCUCACCAUAGUCUAUAUUUGUGUCCUUAGUUUCCUUUGAUUUUUAGGCUAGCCUCA